GCGUCAGUCGGCUACCGAACAUUCGCGCGUCGACGUCUCUCAUGCAAAUCGCAAAACGUGUCGCAUCGCCAUAAUAUACAGGGUACUAUCUUCGAAUUGAAUUUCGCACGUUUGCGCGUUUCUCCGCGAUCUCCGCUGACACCGCUAUCGUACACCAGUUCCCGAAAUUGCGGUCGAAUCGCGCCAAGACACACUUGUUACGUUCGACAAGAAAUAUCGAGUGAGAAAGAUCGUUUUUUGAAAUCAAAAUCGAAAUUUUUAUUUCGUUGAAGACAAAAUAUAUUUUAGAGACUUGCGUGAAUCAUACUUUCCCCUGAGCGUGAUUCGUGUGAAAGAAAGAAAAUUAAAGACUUUUGUUAAAUUAGUGCAUUGUGUGUGCGUUGAAUCUCGCGGACGGCAAACAUUUGUGUGAAAAAAGUGCCUUCAACUUUUCGAAUUCGUACUUACGUCGAAUUCAUUAUCUUGCGUGUAGUGUCUUGAUUAAGGACGCAACGGAGAGGAAUCGAAGGCUUCUCAUACGAGGAGAUGCGGCCUCGCUGUUGGAGCUGAGACCGCCGCGCCGGCUGCGAAAGUUCGUGGACCCGCAUCCGAAAUCGAUCACGAAAAAGUAAGGAUCAUUCGCAUAAGGAUCAUCAUCCGCGCGCCAUCACCCUCGUAUCCCUCGCUUAAAAAAAAAAAUAAAAAAGCGAGACUGUCAAAUCGAGCUGGGCCUAAAAUAAAAAGAAUCGAGAAGCACGGAGACAAGCGGGAGGAACCGUGAGACGAAGAAAACAGAAUAGAUCAAGAGUGAAAGAGGAGUAGGAGAGAGAAGGAAAAACGAGAGAACCAUUUAUAAUACUCGUUUAUAAAAUAAGAGUCAUCUUUUCGAUUUGAUAAAAGGCAGAAAGAAAAAAGGUCGGAGACACGCCGUGAAAAUCUCUUACACGCGUCAUUGUUUGAUUUCGUGAUCUUUUCGCGUAGAUUUUCUCGCGUAGAGCCUCAAGGGAUAAAGUGAUAUGCGCGCGCGUGCUUUUCUCGCUCGUGCUUGUGUAACGUAAAUCCAGGGGUUCUCGAUAUUCGAUCGACAAGACAGUAAAAGAGAUAAACAGAUCGUACACGCGGACACGCGUACGAAACGAGAGAGGGGUACACGGAGAAACCGAGAGCAAAAAAAUGGCCAUGGUCUCGACAUGUUCUGUUUUGAGGUAUCGUCUUCUGCUGAACGCUGCGCUCCUCACGUGCCUCGUCGUUCUUCAAAGCUCUGCUAUCGCGGGCACGAAGAAAUCGCCCCCGUGUCCAAGCGAGAUAUACUGCCACGGCGAGCUGCUGCACACGAUACAGAUGUCCAGCGUGUACAAGGACUCCAAGCACUUCGUCGACAUGAAAAUGAAACGAUCGGCGAAUGAGACGCUGGCGUCGUUCCGGACCUUUAUGAAGAGCACAAACAACGCGCCGAACAAACAACAGGUGGAGAACUUCAUCAAUGAUACGUUCGAGCCGCCCGGCUACGAAUUCGAGGAGUGGGAUCCAUCCGAUUGGACUGAGAACCCCAAGUUCCUCCAGAAAAUCGAGGAUGACGAGCUGCGAAAAUUCGGCUCCGAUCUCAAUCAUAUCUGGAAACAGCUGGGCAGGAAGAUGCGGGAGGACGUAAGGAUCAACGAGACGCUCUAUUCGAUCAUCUACGUGCCGAAUCCCGUGAUCGUACCUGGUGGCCGAUUCCGCGAGUUCUAUUAUUGGGACUCGUACUGGAUCAUCAAGGGUCUGCUGCUGUCCGAGAUGCACAACACCGUCAAAGGCAUGCUGAACAAUUUCGUGUCGAUAGUGGACAAGAUAGGCUUUAUACCGAACGGCGGUAGAAUCUAUUAUACGAUGCGUUCACAUCCGCCGCUGUUGAUACCUAUGGUCGAUGAGUAUCUAAAAGCCACCCAGGACAACGCCUGGUUGAAGAAGAAUCUCUGGUUGUUGGAGAAGGAAUUCGAUUUCUGGAUGACAAACAGGACCGUGGAUAUCGAAAUAGAUGGGACUAAUUAUACGCUUGCUAGAUACUACGAGGAGUCGUCGGGUCCUCGACCAGAAUCCUAUAAGGAGGACUAUUUGACGGGUGAAAGUUUUCGGACCGCCGAAGAGAAGGACAAUUAUUAUUCGGAAUUGAAAACGGCGGCCGAGUCCGGAUGGGAUUUUUCCAGUCGAUGGUUUGUACACGAGGGUACCAACAAGGGCAAUCUAACAAAUCUCAAGAGUAGAUCGAUAAUUCCGGUCGAUUUGAACACUAUAAUAUAUCGAAAUGCCGUGCUACUGGCGCAGUAUAAUCGUCAGCUGGGCAAUAAGAUAAAGGCCGCGUAUUACGACAACAUAGCGGAGAAGUGGAAGAAGGCGAUCGCGAUGGUGUUGUGGCACGAGGAGGUAGGCGCCUGGUUGGACUACGAUAUCCUGAACGACAUCAAGCGGGAUUACUUUUAUCCAACCAACAUCCUGCCGCUCUGGACGAAUUGCUAUGACACCUCAAGGAGGGUGGAAAUCGUGUCGAAGGUGCUCAAGUAUCUUGAAAAGAAUCAGAUCAUGUUUAAUCAGGGCGGCAUCCCGACCACGUUGGAACAUUCUGGCGAACAAUGGGACUAUCCCAAUGCCUGGCCGCCUCUUCAGUAUUUCUUUAUCGUGUCGUUGAACAACACGGGCGACCCAUGGGCGCAAAGGCUAGCCUACGAGAUCAGCCAAAGAUGGGUCCGUAGUAACUAUAAGGCUUUCAACGAAACGCACAGUAUGUACGAAAAGUACGAUGCGACCGUCUCGGGCGGGCACGGUGGUGGAGGUGAGUACGAAGUACAGCUUGGUUUUGGCUGGUCGAACGGUGUCAUUAUGAUUUUGCUGGAUAAGUAUGGUGACAGGUUGACCGCGGAGGAUUACUUCAUGCCCGGCGAAGUGAUCGAGAACGCGGCACCACCGCAAACCAUUUCAACGGCUGGUCAAAUGCUGACUGGGCUUCUAGCUCUCAUCAUAUCGUUAGCAGCAGGAUUUAUAGGAAUGGUUAUGUACAAGAGACGGCAAUAUUAUGCACCCGGUCCAUCGACGAUGCCGAACAAGAGACAGGGAUUGUCGAGCGGUAGCAAUCUAUACCGGAAGCGAAUCGCGUACACCGAGUUGAAGGACAUGAACAACGAUUGAUGACCGCUCGUCGUCUAGACCGAAUAUCGAUUUAUUACAUGACUAGUGAAAGAAAGUACGCGCACAAGUGUGGAAAGAGAAAAGCAACCGGUAGAAUGAAAAAGCGCCGAAAAUAGAGUCAGGAUCAAGUCACAAAGAUGUUCCGAAAACGCCAGAGUACAGAGCGAUAUAUAUUCGCAGUCCUAAGGAAAAGAGCGAGACUGCUGGUGUGAAACUUAUCGAGGUGUUUAUCUCUACUGAUGAAAAAAAAAAAAAAAUACAGAUGUUCGAAGACAAAAUUAUCGCUUCGGCGACGGUCUUCCAGUCUAUGAAACCAAACAAUGACAAGAUUAAUGACAGCACAGUAUCCCGGAAGCAUUGAAACCAAAGUCUGAGAAUCGCUUGGUUCUAAUCGCUGUUUGAAAAGGUCGAAAAGGAAGCGAGAUAAGUGAGAAACAGGUAUAAUUUAUAUAGUAUAAAAAUUAUAGUAAAGAGGGAAAAUGUGUGCAGGUGCGUGUGCAUAAGACUCCACUCCAACAAUAGCAGGAUUUAGUUUUAGUUUAGCAAAAUAUUAGACAGAAAAAAAUAAUGGAAUUUCGUAAAUUAUUUAUUGAUUUCUUCGACAAGAAGGUACAAUUUUGCGCAGGAUCUUUACACAGCGUCCUUCUAAACAGGAUCUAUUUCAAUGUCAGAAAGGAAGCGUAAACUCUUAUAAAUACGCUGUCAUUACUUUGAUAUAUUAUCUUUGAUAUGUUCUUCUACGGGCUAUUUGUUAGGAUUAUCUUGAAGAUAAUCUCUUUUCAAAUGCGAAAUCAAAACACUAUAACGACCAUUAAAGCGUUGAGCUAAAAAUCCUACGGUGCCAUCCAAAUACGUACGAAAACUAAUUCUGCACAACGUUACAUAUAUAUCCAGCGACUUUUCUUCGCGACGUGAGAAAGUGCGCGCGUUUUUAUGAGUGUUAUAGUGACUCGUGAGAAACGGUUUAAUGAAGCGAUUGAUAAAAAAAACAGCGGCCAAAACAAAGGUUCUGCUAUUUGCAAAUACGAACGAUCGUUUGUAAAAAUGCGAGAAUGACCCAAAAUGCGUAUGUGAUUUAUAGAGAGAUAUGCCCACGUGCAGGCAGGAUAUUGUAAGUAUAAAUAAAUAAAUAAAUAAUUUAUUUAUUCAUACAUUUACAAUGUAUAUAUACAUAAUUUAGAUAAAACGUAGAUAGUGAAUAAUUGACGAUAAACUAUUGAUGAAAUAAACUAUUGAUGAAAUCGUGGUAUUUUUGCUGAUAUUUUUAUAAACGAGCGAACUUAUGUUUAUCCCGCGUAAUGCUAACGAUUGAUCCGCGGGCGUUUGUUCGCUAAGUGUACGACAGUUUAUUUAUUAUCAUUUCUUUUUUCUUAAAUCAGCUCCACAUUAAACUUUGCGAUAUUGUAAUAAAAGGUUGAAAGUUCCUUUGCCAAUCUUUUCGAAAGAGCUUUUACGCGCUCAACUAGUUUUAUUCGUUAGAAUGAGAAUUAUUUCAUGGUAUAUUUAUAUUUCGCUUAACGUUGAUAGUAAGACUUUGUAGAACUAUAUCUUGACAGAGCUGUCGAAAGAACUACUUUCUAGAGCGUAUAUUUAAUUGUAACUGCAAUAUGUUAUUUUGCUCUCUCGUUAUUACGUAGUAUUGUAAGCGCAUGCGACGACCCCAAACGAUAUUGUAAUUUUUUUCACCACGAUAGGACGUUUCUCGGAGUGACGUAGACAAAUCAAUCGAAUAUAUAAAUGAUAAUACACAAAAAUCUAAUUUCCGGCCAGUGUGUAUGAUGCGAAAGUACCUGGUGUUUAUUUGCGACGCAUCCGAGAAAAGCGCGGAUUGUACGGAACCUCUUUUAAUUACGAACGUUCCACAGAUUACGCGAUCUAAGUUAAAUUGUAAAUAAUUUUAUAUACAAUGAUAUACAUAGAAAGAGAAGAGAGAAAUAUGUGGAAAGACAUCUGAUUAGUGUCAUAAGUCGUAAAAAAAAUUCAACAUAUUAAAUAAUCUUUCUUUUUUUUAUAUAUAUAUUUACUUGUAUUACUUAUAUAUAAAUAAAGCCUGUUAGAUUCGUCGAAUAAUUAAUCGAAUGCCUAGAACAACAAGUAAAAUGGACAAUUAAGCAAAGAUAAGUCGAUUUAUAAGAACUGCUAAUAGAGAACGACGAUCUUUUAAGAGAAUUGCCGAUUUUAUCAUAAAUAUAGGGUGUUUAUGUAUGGCAUCAUGCUUGUUGUGAUUCUUGGCUCUUAUUGUCGUCCGUUUAUUUUUAGAACUGUCCCAUACUGUUGCAGCCGCACGUAUAUCAUGUGCAUAUUGCCAAGAGAUGCGAUAAGCAUGAAUCUAAGAUGAACGACGUUACGUAAUAAUUAAUCGGCUGAAAAUAGCUUAAAUUGCGUUCAGCUGUAAUUUAGGUUUUAAUUCAAUAUUAUUAGUGUAUAUACACACACAUUUGAUAAUAUCUGGAAUAUUUCGAGUGAAUUUUCGUUUAAAUAAUGAUGACAUGAAAGAAAAAUGAAGAUAGUAAAAGAGUACAUCAUGAAACAUUAGCAUAUAUUUUUUUUUAUCGCAAGUAUCCUAAGUGUAAAUAGUUUCGUCUUCUUUUCGGAUGUUAUAAUCAGAACUCUUGAUACUCUAGUUAUGCAGUUCUUUAUAGUUAAUUAUUUUAUUUAAUUUGGAUUUUAAUCUAUUCGGUCGCAUUUGUAAAUCGUUAUACAAAUAUUAAAAAGAAAUUUGAUAUGAGAACAAUCAUCUCAAAUUAUAAUUAUUUAAAAGUUUUAUUAUAAUGCAAUAUAUUUGCAUCAUUAAAAAUUUUUUGUGUAAAAUAAUUUGAUGCAGCAAUGAAAUGCGUGUUUUAAAUUGCUAAUUUAUGAUUAUGAUGAAAUUAUCUUACACUUCAAACUUUGUAUGCGAAGAGAACAAUCGUUUCAGAAUUUCGCUUAUUUCAAUUUCGACAAAGCCAAAAAAAAAAAAAAAGUUUCGAAGAUUAUUUUCCUUUUUACAUUUUCGUUUACACGUGGAAGUUGCAACGAAAGGGAGAAAGGAAUGCGUUUAUAUAUAUAAUAAAGUACAUGAAAGUUUACACUAAAAUAUCAGUUAGAUAUAUGCAUAUAUACAUAUGCGGAGAGAUCAAUUUAUUAAAUUUUGUAUGGCGAUAAUUUAUGACGCGGUUCGAUCGGUAUUUGUGUAAUGAAGAUCAAAUCGCAGAUAAACGAUAUAUCUCGUAUGAGAGAUACGCUACCUCAAAGGAAGCGUUCCUAUAUUUUAAUGUGCAUAGGCGUGCGGCGAAAUUCGCAUCACGGAAGUGCAAUUGACGAACUGAUUCUCUUUUAAUCGUGAUUGCUAAACCGUUGAGGGUCUUUUUCACAGAUAGAUUUAUCUUUAUUUAAGCGCGAUUCAGGAUUAUACACAAUGACGAAUGAUCUUGUUUAGUUAUUGGAUAAUCUUAUUCAUUGACAAGAGCAGUAUUAGCAGAGAACGUGCGAAAGCGAAUGGAUUAAGCGUUUUCUGCUGAAAGCAUGUGUCAUAAAUGUUAUGGAAAAUAUAAAUGCACCAUAUGAGUAUUUUCACAGGUUUGCGUUGUAAUAAAUAUUAAUUUUCAAAGGAAUUGUUAGGAGCAUUAUGUUCACUUCUUGCAUCCACAACGUAAAAAGAAAAGAAGACGAUAAUUAGUUUAAAUAAUUUUUCUCUAAUAUUUUGAUAUGUAUAUUAGAGUAAAGAUAUUCCUUUUUCUCCUAUAUCCUUUCAUUAUCAAGUCAUAUUUCGCUCAUAUUUUAUAAAAGUGUGCGAUUUCAAUUAUUUUAAUCAAGAUUUUAAUUAUUAUACAUAUUUUAUAUGCGUUACAUGAGAAAAGAAUGCGAAUUUCAGCCGCGCGAUGAACAUGAGCGAUCAACAAAUUUCGAAAUAAAUGCAAGUAAUGCAAUUUGUAAA